AUGAAGGGGGCGGAGCCAAGCGACCCUAAGAUUCUUAGAGCCUAACAGGAGGAAGACGAAGCUUUUGGGAAAUCAACCUCACUGCGGCUGCGCGUCUUUUUGAGUUUCGCCUUCGGUCAGCAGAAUGUCCGGGGAUUCUUCUCUGAGUUUAGGCAAAGGAAGCCUUGCUCCAGGACCUGUGCCUGAAGGAAUCAUCCGUCUCUAUAGUAUGCGCUACUGUCCCUUUGCACAGAGAACACGACUAGUCCUGAAAGCCAAAGGAAUUAAACAUGAAAUUGUGAAUAUAAACUUGAAAAAUAAACCCGAUUGGUUUUUUGAGAAGAAUCCUGGUGGCCUUGUCCCUGUAUUGGAGACAAGCAAGGGUCAGCUGAUUUAUGAAUCUUCGAUCACUUGCGAGUAUUUAGAUGAAGCAUACCCAGAGAAUAAGCUAUACCCGACAGAUCCAUAUGAGAAAGCUUUCCAGAAAAUGACCCUGGAACUGUUCUCCACGCUGCUUUCUCUGGCCUACAAACAUCUUUUUGGUGUGAAGAAUGGAGAAGAUAUGUCUGCUGUGAAAAAAGAGUACUCUGAAAAGCUUCUCAAAUUUGAAGAGAUUCUGGUGAACCGUAAUACUACGUUCUUUGGUGGGAACUCAGUCAGCAUGAUUGACUACCUGAUCUGGCCAUGGUUCGAGCGCUUGGAGCUCUUCCAGUUACAAGACUGUCUGGAUCAUCUUCCAAAACUAAAAGAGUGGGUUGAAGUCAUGAUGCUCGAUCCAGCUGUCCAAGCAACAACAUCAGAUCUUCAGAAGAUCAAAGGUUUCUUUGAUCUGUACCUGAAAAAUAGCCAUGAGGCCUGUGACUAUGGGCUCUGAAAGCUAGCUAGUGGCAAAGCAUACUGCAUAGCUGCUGUUGCAGAAUCUCAAUCUGGUGUCUAAGGUGUGCUGCUCAUUUGUUGUAUGGACCUGUGCAGAAAAGAUACACCAUUCAUUUACAUGUUGUAUUUCUUUCUUUAAACAUUUGCAAAUUCUUUCAAAGUUGUGAUGCCACUCUAGUUCUAGACACAGCUUCAAUGUAGAUGCUAUUGUUGGCUCUGUCGCUGUUUUGAAACAAAUCUUUGCCACUCAGGAAUAAAUAUACUUUUAACACAGA